AUGGAAAAAGGAGGGAAAGAGAGACAGAAAAAGCAGGAAGAAAUAAUGAAAGAGGGAGAUAAAAGGGAUAUAAAUGAGAAAGAAAGAGAACAAAUGUAUGUUACACCUAAGAACAGUGUCCGCUGUAAGUGUAGAAAAGUUAUUGUCACCCGAAUCUACUUUGAGAUGCAAACACGUUCUGUACAGUCAGCAAGGAAGAUGGCCGAUUCCAGCAUGUUAGACGAAUCGGACCAAGAAUCACUCGAGUCCCUAUGUAGUGAGGAAAUCGAGAGAACUCUCACGGAACCAACAAUCCUUCUUAAGCCUUUUAUUAGGGAAACAGAUGAACCCAACGACGGCACUUGGACAUGUCCCGUGUCCAUCCGAGCGUCGGCUGAAAGAACAAAGCAGUUUGACUGGGAACGACCAAAAGCUGAACGGAAGGCUUUAGUAGAAUCAGCAUCAAAAUAUCAGGCAAUAUACCUGCAGAAACUGUUGAAAGAGAAAGACAAGGAAAUGAAAUUGAUAACCAACCAAUUGAUCAAGUCGAACAAGGAAAAUGUAGCUUUGUUAAAGGAACUCGAGGGGUAUAGAGGAAAGAACUAUGACGAGCUAUAUAAAGAAAAUAUCACGUUAAAGGAACAGAUAGCCCGUGCAUGUAGAGAAAAUGUACUGCUUGCUGGACAGUUGAAGAAAGAUAACAACAGAACUCUACAGAAGUUGAACUCAACCAGAACAGUGUCAUAAUAAAAAAAAACUUGCACUUACUAAGAAACAGUAAUAUAAUGAAUAUUAACUAGUUAUUUGUAUAUUAUUUUGCAACAGGAAAAAAUAGAGCUGCUGCCUCGAAUAGCGAUAUGUUUAUUUAAAAUCAUGACAAUCAAAUAAACUAUAUAUUUUUAUUUUCAGAACAAACUGCAAGACAAAUGCAAACGUUAUCAAUAUAAACAAGCACAAAGUAUUAAUAAGGGUCAUCGUAGUCUUGCUCGCAACAAAAAAUAUUAGAGGGUUUAAACAUAUUUUAAUAUCAAUAAGAUAUAAAAUAAUGCCCAAGUUUUAAUUUGUACAAUGAGAUUUGAAGCUUUAACUCGCUAUUUAGAAGUAUAGAAGUUUAAUUUUGAUUUGUUGGUUUUGGGUUGUAACAAAGUACAGGUUAUAUGCGACCAUACAGGACUAAACAUUUUGAUUUCAAAUCUCAAAUACAUCGAAAUAUAAUUUGGAGGGGUGUGGAAUUAAAACUUUUAUAUCUGCUGGAAUCACAGAGACACAGCAAAAUCAAGCCUUCAGACCCAGUAGUCGUCCCUUGCGACAAUGUGGUCCCAAUGCUUGAAACCUUGUUGAUUUGUUCUGUAAAUUCCACUCGAGCUGUUUUCUGUAUUUGUGUUAAAAAGCUAAAAAGACACGCUGAAUUGACGGCCCUGUAAACUCAAAAUAUGACACAUGACAUCAAAAACACAACAAACCAAAACUGAUCAACUAUAAAAAAUGUAUAUUAAAUAUUUUACAAAUUGUAA